UGAUUGUCCUCUAACUGAAACCCCGCGUUUUCUCUCUCCCCGCUGGCCGGCCCGUGUAACUCACCGGCGCCACCACCACCCGAAACGCACCGUUUUUCAGUGGCAGCGACACUGAAUAUCUCUCUCUCUCUCUCUCGGUUUGUGUCUGUGCGUCUGUUACAGCAUGGGAAACUGUAAUGCUUGCGUUAGAGGAGACGCCAAAGCAGAGAGGAACUCUAACCGCACAAACCGCAAGAAGAAGAAGAAGAAGAGAACUGUUGAGCGGAAGCCAAACCCGUAUGCCGAGGACUCGAUUCGUUCUCCCGCCCCCAUUCGAGUGCUGAAGGACAUCGUUUCAUUAACCCAUCGCACCCGUAUCGGAGACAAGUACAUCCUCGGCCGGGAGCUUGGCCGGGGAGAGUUCGGCAUCACUUACCUGUGUACGGAUAGGGAGACCAAGGAGGCACUGGCCUGCAAGUCUAUCUCGAAGCGGAAGCUCCGGACGGGGGUUGACGUGGAAGACGUGCGCCGGGAGGUGGCGAUAAUGUCGACGCUUCCGGACCACCCGAACGUGGUGAAGCUGAAGGCGACGUACGAAGACAACGAGAACGUGCACCUCGUGAUGGAGCUGUGCGAGGGAGGGGAGCUGUUCGAUAGGAUCGUGGCGAGGGGGCAUUACAGCGAGAGGGCCGCAGCGAGCGUAGCGAGGACAAUAGCCGAGGUGGUGCGGAUGUGUCACGCCAAUGGGGUUAUGCAUAGGGACUUGAAACCUGAGAAUUUCUUGUUCGCCAAUAAGAAGGAGCAUUCGCCGCUCAAGGCCAUCGAUUUCGGUCUCUCCGUGUUUUUUAAGCCAGGGGAGAGGUUUUCGGAAAUCGUGGGGAGUCCCUACUACAUGGCGCCGGAGGUGUUGAAACGGAAUUAUGGACCAGAGGUUGAUAUAUGGAGCGCCGGCGUGAUCCUUUAUAUUCUGUUAUGCGGGGUUCCUCCAUUUUGGGCAGAGACCGAACAGGGGGUUGCUCUUGCGAUUUUAAGGGGGGUCAUCGAUUUUAAGAGGGAACCAUGGCCUCAGAUAUCUGACAGUGCUAAGGGCCUAGUUCGACAGAUGCUGGAGCCGGAUCCCAGAAAGCGGUUGACUGCUCAACAAGUGCUUGAUCACUCCUGGCUGCAAAAUGCAAAGAAAGCGCCAAAUGUCCCAUUGGGAGAUAUUGUGCGGUCAAGACUCAAGCAGUUCUCUGUGAUGAACAGGUUCAAAAAGAAAGCUCUUCGAGUAAUUGCAGAACACUUGUCUGUUGAAGAGGUAGAAGUAAUCAGAGAUAUGUUUACAUUGAUGGACACGGACAGAGAUGGGAAAGUAACAUACGAAGAACUGAGGACUGGGCUUCGAAAAGUUGGUUCACAAUUGGCUGAACCAGAGAUAAAAAUGCUGAUGGAAGUGGCUGAUGUGGAUGGGAAUGGAGUACUGGACUAUGGAGAGUUUGUAGCGGUAACAAUUCACUUGCAAAGGAUGGAGAAUGAUGAGCAUUUCCGCAGAGCCUUUAUGUUUUUCGACAAAGAUGAAAGCGGAUAUAUUGAAUCAAAUGAACUGCGGGAAGGCUUAGCAGAUGACUCGGUUGAAACUGAUACUGAUGUGGUGAAUGAUAUAAUGAGAGAGGUUGACACAGACAAGGAUGGGCGCAUUAGUUAUGAGGAAUUCGUUGCUAUGAUGAAAACUGGAACUGAUUGGAGAAAGGCAUCUCGACAGUAUUCUAGGGAGAGGUUUAAGAGUUUAAGCCUCAACCUGAUGAGGGACGGUUCUUUGCAGCUUCAUGAUGGUAUUACUGGUCAAGCUAUUGCUGUAUGAGCUAAAGUUUUCGUGGUCUUCUUGUUUGUGCCACCGAGAAGUUUCUUUCCUUUUAUCAUUGCUGUACACGAAAAUAUGGCAUGUGCGUUUUCACCAAGUACAAAAUUUUCAAUCAGCCGAAGACAGGGGAACACUAAAUAUUCUUUGGUUACUGUUGGAGGACUUAAGUUGGCCUUUGCCUGUUUGAAGCUGCAAAUUGACUGGGGCUCAUCGGCUGUCGACAGAGAUAAUGGAUCUAAGUGUUCUUUUAGUAAGUGUCACAUAAUUCUUGUAUAUUUGUUAUGUUUUUCAUGCUUGAUGUAUUGUUAUUUCCCUUUUUUUCCCUUUUAGGAUUGUGCAGAAACCACUUUAAGAGUUGUUUAUUGGAAUUGAGAACA